AUGGCUGAAACAAAUCAAACACGCAUAACAAUUGUUGAACCUUCAGUUGUUGUUGAAGAUGUGAAUGAAAAUGUUGUGGACAAUUCGGUUGUCAUUCCAUUUGAAGAUGUCAUUUCUCCACCACCAAAUCAUGGGGUCUAUAGGGUUGACAGACUCAAGGUCACUUUAGCAAAAGCUUCUGUUACUACAAAUCUUUUCAAUGGUCGGAUAUAUCUUGAUGAUAUGGCAAUUCCUGACAUAUUCGAGUACAAAGAUAGAUAUACAACAUAUGAAGAUUUCAUAAAUGGGGCAAUACUGUUGUCAUUGGGUGAUAUAGAUGAUCUUGAUGAGGUAGGGUAUGUUGUGAUUUUUGAAAAUAUCACAGGCUUAGCAAAAGAGUAUGAUUGGUUAUGCAUAAGGUUGGAUGUCUCCAAAUAUAAUAUCCGUAAUAGUAGUAAUGAGAUUUUUGUUGCUAAGGUUAUUUUUGAAACAGAAACUAUUAAGAAGUACAUUAAUGAUGUUUCUAAAGAUCAGGAGAUUGAUCCAGAGAUGAGUGCAGAGUUUUAUCAAAAUGUGACACCUACUCAGGAUAGCACCACCAAGGGACAUUUUGUUAAAAUCAAAGUUAUUCUAUAA